ACAAUUUCUUCAUCUCAUUUACUUUUAUUACAAAAUUAAGAAGACACUAGACAAAGAAUACAUGCAUAAAGUGACACCAUGCGCUCCUAUUUCGAGAUCCAAGGUUGUAAUGCAAAUUUAAUUAAUAUAAAUGAUCUUACUCCUCCUUAACUUCACAAGAAAUAUAAAUUAUAUAUUAAAACAUGUAUCAUGUAUCAAGCAUUACUUGAUACACGUUAAAAUUAUUUGUUAACUUGGCUAUGAUAAUAUGGAUGACAUUGUUGUUUGUGUGUGUGCGCGUGAGAGAGAGAGAGAGAGAGAGAGAGAGAGAGAGAGAGAGAGCAUUUGCUACAACAUUUAAAAUGGGAAGGUCCUAUCAACUUCGAAAGAAAUUUGACGGAGAAACUUAGAAUGUCCUAAAAAAUUCCCUAAGGGAUAGAUUGCCAUGGUCAUAUAGACAAAGUUUCAUGCUUUGAAAAGAAAAUUCAAGAAAUCUUUCAAAGGUAAGAUUGUUGAUAAAAAUAAAGGUUCUAGCUCCCACGAGGGCAUGACUUAUUGGGCUUACUUAUUGUAUAGGGGUGUUCAUAGAAUCGAACCUUUAGAAACUGAACCGAAUCGAAAGUUUUAGUUUCGGUGUUUUUGUCAACUUGAAACUAAUUUGAACCUUUUGGUUAACCAAUGGUCUAAUUAACCAACUGUUCAGUUCAAUUCGAUUAUCAUAUUCAAAACGAUUUUUUAAAAGAAAAAUUAUAUAUGUUUCUUGCAUUUUGAUUUAGUGUGUGCAUAUACACUAUAUUUAUAUAAAUUAAUUACCCAAAAGAUAUUUAGUGCAUAUUAUUUUUUAACUUUAAGAUAUAUUAUAUAAAUUAUUAUAUAAUAAUGUAUAAUAUAAACAUAAAAACCAAAAUCAAAUUGAAAAUCGAAAAAUGUGAAAAGCAUGAACUAAAACCAAAUUUAACAAAUUGGUUAAUCAAAAUUUCGAUUCCAUUUGGAUUGAAUCAUCACACAAGAUUUCAAAACACACUAGUUGCUUGCCCAUGUUGCAAACGAGAAGGGAGAUACAUAAAAUGAAAGAUAAAUUUUAUUAAUUAAAGUCAGUUUGGUUCAUAUUUGAUUCAUAAUACAAAUAGUACUAGUAUUAAGUAUAAAUAAAAUAUAAAAUAGUUUACAUAUGAAUCAAACCUUUUAUAUUAAAAAAAAAACUUUAAAGGAAACUAAUGAAUUAAGGAGACAAACUCAAACGUUUAAUACUGUCCGAAUAUACAAAUUUUGUUAAGAACCAUAAAUAACAUUUAGAUUAUAAUUUUUUAUUUUUAUUUUUAACAAAGACAUUGUUGGUGAAUUUGAUUCUUCAGAGUAAUAUCUUUGAGGAACUUCUGGUUCGAAAUUUAUUCCUUUAAGCUUAUAAAAUCUAUUGGGUUUAGUAUAAACACUUGAAAUACUUUUUCUUUCCAAGUCUUCUAUUACGUUUGAUCUUGAAGAUUGACCUACACUUCCGCUUCUUGUUAAUAAAGAUUAAAAAUUAAUUUUGACAUUUUCAAUUUGAUUUUGAAUAAUGCUUGAAGCAAUUGUCUUUUAACACUUCAAAUUUUUUCAUGCAGCACGCUACAGUGUGCUACUAAAAAAAUAAUUAAAAAUAUAAAAACAAUAUUAUAAAAUCAUUAUAAAAGAGAGGCAUGUGUCAAACCAGAGUGCAUGGGCGUCCUCAUUUUGAUAUAAUGAUUAAAUUAAUAUUAUUUGCGGAAAAACUAUGAAUUUUUUUUGAGUUUUUUAUUAAAUUAUUAGGAAAAAAAAUUCAAAAAUAUAUGGAUGGAGAAAAAUUUACGGAAAUAAAUCCAAUUGAAAAGUCAGUUUGAUAUUUUUUUUUUAAAAUAAAGAAAAACAUAGAAUCUACUAUUGAAAAGUCGGUUCCAAGCGUGAUGGGAUAGGUCACCGACACUUCAGAUGAGCGCCAAAAAAAAAAAAAAAGGAAAAGAAAGUGAGAGAACCAACUUUUGUUGAUUCUCCGCAGGUUAGACUCAUCUGAGCCUGCCCACACAGAAAACAAAGAUUCUAACACAUGGCAAAUAAAUCAAACCACGUAGGUCAUACCAACUUGCAUGAUAUUCAUGGGAGGAACACUCAUGUUUGCAGUACCUGCCCUUGAAUUCCUUCCCAGAAAUGCAUAGAAGUAAUUCAUAACCUGUUUCUUGAAGAACCAAGAAUUUUUCCUCGCCCUCACGUCCCCAUGAGCAGGCGAAUAAGUAAAUCCUGAAUCCAUGGCUUCCCGGAGAUCUGAAAGCUCGUAUUAAUUCGAGGCUGGGAUCUUCAUCUGACGACAUAUAUGACACUUGAUGGCAACACUAUGACCACAUCUGAUCAUGUGGAAGCUCCUGCUUCUUCCAAUCUCGAUCUCAUCAUACAUCAACGGAGUCCUGAGUUCAAAAUUCCCAUCCUCACCUGGGGCAGCAGGUUCCCUUGACCUCACCGAAACACCGUCAUCAAGCUCCGACUCGUUUAGAGUACUCUCUAAAGCAAGAUCUUGGGCCUCUCUUCUCAAAACCUUCUCCAGGCUUUCAACCAAAAGCUGCUCAAAUCAAAUGUAUGGUGAUCCUCCUUCCGCACAUCCUUGUAACCAUAUCGACCAACACAUCCGAAGAUGUGGUAAUCUUUCGAGCGAACUCUUGGAAAGAGAAGCCCUUCCUCUUGAGGAGCAACCGGCACUGGGACAGAUGGGUGCCCAGGCUCACUACUAGAGACCCGACUUUCCAUUUUGUCGUCUUUCUUUUUUCGUGCUGACCGUCCUGUAAAAAACUCGCACCCUUCGUUACCACGCGGAGUUCGAAGAAGGGGACCGACGCUGACGGCGGCGAUGAUCUCUGCGGAGGAGGCGCUCAGAACAGUCCUGGGAGUAGCCCAGCGGCUGCUGCCCAUCGCGGUCCCUCUCCCUGAAGCCCUCGGCAAGGUCUUGGCGGAGGACGUCCGUGCCGUCGACCCCUUGCCUCCUUACCCAGCAUCUAUUAAGGAUGGUUAUGCAGUAGUUGCUUCAGAUGGGCCUGGAGAAUAUCCUGUAGUCACUGAGUCAAGAGCUGGAAAUGAUGGGAUUGGUGUGACUGUGAUUCCUGGAACUGUUGCAUAUGUAACUACUGGAGGGCCAAUACCUGAUGGUGCCGAUGCAGUUGUUCAAGUUGAGAAUACUGAAUCAGUGACAGAUGCAUCUACUGAUUCAAAACGAGUUAAAAUAUUGGUACAAACUAGCAAAGGUGUUGAUAUUCGCCGUGUGGGAUGUGACAUUGAGAAGGAUGCCAUAGUACUAAAAUCUGGAGAAAGAUUGGGUGCUUCAGAAAUUGGCCUACUUGCUACAGUAGGUUUGAUGAUGGUGAAGGUUUAUCCUACCCCAACAAUUGCUGUGCUUUCUACUGGGGAUGAACUUGUAGAGCCAACAACUGGCUAUUUAAGCCGUGGCCAGAUAAGGGACUCCAACCGUGCCAUGCUACUUGCUGCGGCAAUACAGCAACAUUGCAAAGUUCUUGACCUUGGUAUUGCUCGUGACGAUGAAGAAGAACUUGAGAGGGUCUUGGAUAGUGCCAUUGCUGCUGGGAUUGAUAUUCUUCUAACUUCUGGAGGUGUGUCCAUGGGAGACCGGGAUCUUGUCAAGCCAUUGCUUGAGAAGCGAGGGACAGUUAUUUUCAAUAAGGUUCUCAUGAAACCAGGGAAGCCUUUGACAUUUGCGCAUAUCAAUUUGAAGCAAGCUGGGAAUAAGUCAGUUGAUAAAAUUCUUGCAUUUGGGUUACCUGGAAAUCCUGUGAGCUGUAUAGUCUGUUUCCAUCUCUUUGUAGUUCCUGCCAUCCUCCAUAUUUCUGGAUGGGCAAACCCACACCCUCCAAGAGUGCAGGCUUGUCUUUUGCAGCCGAUAAAGACAGAUCCUGUCCGACCAGAAUUCCAUCGUGCCAUUAUUAGAUGGGAGGUCAAUGAUGGAUCAGGAAAUCCUGGUUUUGUUGCUGAGAGCACGGGACACCAGAUGAGCAGCCGGCUUUUAAGUAUGAAAUCAACCAAUGCACUCUUGGAGUUGCCAGCUGCAGGCGGUGUAAUUUCUGCUGGAACUUCAGUGUCAGCCAUUAUAAUUUCUGAUUUAAGGAGUGCUACUGUGAACAAAUGCUCGUUAUCAUCAGGUUCAUCUUCUGUCAGGCAAGGAAAUUCAUUUGAAGAAAGAGCUGCCAAUGUGCCUUGCAUUGCUGAACUCAGAAUAGCUAUUCUAACUGUGAGUGAUACUGUUGCAUCAGGGGCUGGACCUGAUCGCAGUGGUCCAAGGGCUGUUUCUGUUGUAAAUUCAUCAUCAGAUAGGUUAGGAGGAGCAAGGGUAGUUGCUACAGCUGUUGUUCCUGAUGAUGUGGGCAAAAUCAAGGAUAUGUUGAAGAGUUGGAGUGACGUUGAAAAAAUGGAUCUCAUACUUACGCUUGGUGGCACUGGCUUCACCCCAAGGGAUGUUACACCUGAAGCAACCAAAGAGUUGAUAGAGAGGGAAGCACCUGGUCUUCUGUAUGUCAUGAUGCAAGAGAGUUUGAAGGUGACACCAUUUGCUGCGCUCUCACGCUCUGCUGCAGGAAUCAGAGGAUCAACAUUGAUCAUCAACAUGCCUGGGAAUCCAAAUGCGGUUGCUGAAUGCAUGGAGGCCUUGCUGCCUGUCCUUAAGCACGCGUUUAAACAGAUAAAGGGAGACAAGAGAGAGAAACAUCCCCGGCAUGUCCCACAUGCACAAGCAAUGCCCGUGGAUACUUGGGAAAACAGUUAUAAGCUGGCCUCCGGUGGUGAUUCAGAGCCUAGUUGUUCUUGUUCCCAUUAGAGAAUCAAGGAAGCUGAAAAAUGCAUGUAUUUUUGUGUAGUAGUCCUUUGCUAUCUUUGAAAAAACCAUGAACCGUUUUUAUUGCAGUUGUAUGAUGGAUUUAAAACAUAUUAUUAUCUUCUUCCUGUCAUUGAAAUGUUCAUAUCCCAAUUCUCUGUAUCCCAUGAAGAAUAAGUAUGACAGCGGGGAUGAUUACUUCGAUUCCCUCUGAGUGAGCCCAAAA